CCACCGCAGUUGCUCGUUUCGAUCUGUUCGUCCGAGGCCGAAAAGUGACACGACACGAUGGAACGAAAAGUGACACGACACGAUGGAACCGUGCCAUUCUCCGCGAAACAGCUCGGAGUCAAAAGGUCUGAAAGAGAAACGACUGGGGAAGCGGAGAGCACGACGGAAUACAUGUUGAAAACCGAACGAUCUCGGUUUGGACAUUUUUUGCGGUGCAACACUCGACCUGCCAAAAAAAGAACGAUCGAGACAAGAAAGCGAAAACAACACGACGAAUACCAAUGCCCAAGGGAAAAGUUGCCAAAACCUCUUCGUCGUCGGCCAAGCGCAAGAAGCCAUCCAGGGAAAAAACAUCGGGCGGGAACGCUGCUCAGACUGUUUUGAACGUUGUUGGUACAAUUGCCAAUCAAUCUGGUUCCAACGCGACCCCCAGGGACAAGGUUGUUGCAUACGCCAAGAUUGAAGGAGUGAUAGGAACAUCUACCUUUGCAAAUGCACUGACCAAGCUCCGAAAGCAAGAGCUGAUCAUUUUGUCGCCUAAAGUGAUCACCAUUACAGAGAAGGGCAUGGAUCAGGCGGACACAACCGAAAUAAGCGGUGGUACUAACGAAGACUACCAGAAGAAGAGAAUCGAACAGCUGAACCUCAGGCCUAAAUCAAUCCAACUCCUACAAGAACUUUCCGAUGGAAAAGUCCAUAACAAGAAGAAGGUAGCGGCAGCUAUUGGAUGCAAGAUGAACUCGACGUGGGCCAAUAUGCUGACUUCGGUGAAGAAACUCCAGCUCGUCAAGUUUGAUAGAGAGACGAUCACACUCUCGGACGACAUGUUUCCAUUCGGACGUCCUGAAUAGGACAUCACGCUUCUACACAGCAUGCGAAUCAUUGCGUGCUAUGUUCCAUAUACUCUGGUUGAUUCCUCGAGGCGAAGCAAAUCCGAACUCCUGUCAACAAGAGGUCCCAACAGCGUAGUACAGGUAUUACUUCGUACCCAAUAGUACCGUAAUGAAUAAAUAGCAGACUAACGC